CCGCGGUCACGCCCCGCCCCGGCAGUGCCUUCCCCGUCGUCAGCCUUAAAGGGGCCGCGCUGCGCUGCUGGGCAGCUCAGCGAUGGCGAGGCCCAGCCACGCCAGGAGCCGCCCAUCGUUGGAGGAAGAUGAGGAUGAGGAGGACCCGGUGGACGCCAUGAUCUCGCGGACGGGCUGCAUGGCGCAGCACCGGGAGCUGCAGGAGUGCAUGGCGGCGCGGCAGGACUGGCGGCACUGCCAGCCCCAGGUCCGGGCUUUCGGAGAGUGCAUGGCCCGCCGGCAGCGUGCCGAGGAACCGCACCGGGCGUCCGGCUCGCGCCAAGCCCACCCCUCACCUGCCGGGAACUGAAAUCACCGGGGACCUCGGCACCACUGGCCAGCCCACCCUCAGCACCCCAGGAACGGGGCAGCUGCACCAUUUUACCCUAUUUUUGUGUUAUUGUUCAUUCACGCGAGCGGAUGGGCCGGUAAAUCCACGCUAUAUCGUUGGGAAAUUAAAUCCGGUGGAUUUGUCAUCCUGGCCAAAGCGCUUGGUCUCAGUCUGUGCCGCUGGGGAUAACUGGAAGCUUGGAGGGGGUGGUUGUGGGGUGAGAUGGGGAUUUCCAGCCCAAAAUGUCCCAAACUGGGAGCGUUCGUGGCACCCAGGCUGGGCCUUGGCUCUGCAACAGCCCUGCCGUGGAUUUCCACUCCGUGUCCACUCCCGCCGCUUCUCCCAGCGGUGAUAACCUCAUGUUCCACGGACAGGAUUUAUCUCCUGGGAAGCCUCAGGAGCAUCAAGGAUGGAGGAAAAAAGGGGCUCCUAGG